AUGGAGGGUGAAGAAGCUAGCGUGAUUUCGCCAGAGGAAGCUCAAAGUAAUGGCACUUCUCCUGCGGCGGAGUCCGACAGCUUUACCCAGCUCUGGGCAGACGUAAUGGGGAUGCUGGAUGGUUCUCUGGGCAACAUAGAUGAUCUUGCUCAAGAGUACGCAGAGUACUACAACACCUGCUUCAGCGACGUCAGCGAUCGUAUGGAAGAGCUGCGCAAACGGCGAGUCUCUCAAGAAUUAGACAUGGAGAAACAGGAUUCAAGCACCACUACCCUCCAGCUCCGCUCUGAGAUCCAAGAAUCACUGGGAUUCAGCAGUCAACUCUCCACUCCAGAGACCGACCGAAAGAUGCCACUGCACAAGUCCAAUUCUGAAGAUGGAUCUGGAGGUAAAUGGGACAACAAGAAGAAGAACAAAUCCUUUUGGCAGAACUUUCGCAAGUCGCAGCACAAACCUGUCGUUCGGCAAACAUCGAAAGGAGAGGACAUCGGCUACGUGGCGAGCGAGAUCACCAUGAGCGACGAAGAGCGCAUCCAGCUGAUGAUGAUGGUGAAGGAGAAGAUGAUCACGGUGGAGGAGGCUCUGGCCCGGCUGAAGGAGUAUGAGCUCAACAAACACACUGCCGAAGGGCCGGAGGGAUGUGCGCCUGCCCUAACCCAGUCCUCCACCUGCGACUCCCGAGAGCAGUCAGAUGAUGAGCAGUCAGAGGAUUCGGUUAAGUUCAAACGGCUGCACAAACUGGUUAACUCCACGCGCCGGGUCAGGAAGAAGCUGAUCAAAGUUGAGGACGGAAAGAAACAUGGAUCUGAAGAUUUCCUCAAUCUAGAAGCGGCCCCCACAUGUGAGGACAACACAGCGCUGUACACAGGAGUUUUGAAGAAGACCCCCCUCUCCCAGGAGACCUCCCUGCCCUCGCUCCUGCAGGACCAGCUGUCUCUGGAUGGGGACUCAGACAGUUUGACCACCUCCCCUUCGUCCAGUAGCCUGGACACCUGGUCAGGACACAGGCUGGUUAAGACCGUUAGUAAGUCUUCCAGCACCCACGGGCUCAUCCGGCCCCCCAAGAGGACCCCGCUGGGCUCUGGGGGCCUGGGCUCCAUCUCCGGUGUAGGGGGCAGCGGCUCGUCCUUCUCGGAGCUGGAUGGCUGUGGUCUGGACGACGAGGGCAAACUGUCGCGCUCUACCACAGACGGAGAGAUGAGGAAGGCCCUCAGCUCCAUCUCCCACGGGGUAAGUACCAACGAGGCCCUGUACGCCUACUACGGCCUGACUAAGCCUCGCCCCAGACCCCACCCCCAGUCCCGUCUCCUCAUCUCCCAGGACAACAGCCCCCAGAGCAGUCCAAAGCACCAACCCAAACACGGCAGCUGGGCGCAUCGCAAACCAGACCCUAACUAUGCUUAUUCCACUAAGCACCUUCUUUACCAGCGUUCUCGCACCAAGAACCCAGUGUCCCCCCUCCCUGUCACCCCCUCCUCCCCAGCCCGCUGCGAGGUCACCAAAUCCAAAGGCUUUGGCUGCGGCACAGGGAGCUGGGGCUUCCCCUCUCGCCGGCUCCGUGGCCGGACAGCGGUCAGUGAGCUCAACAUCACCUAUGUGGUGGAGCGCAGCCUGUACGGCCACCUGAACUGGGCGCAGCUGGUGCGGCCCGUGACCCUGAGCCGCGCUGAGCGCCGCUGUCUCCUGGAUGAGGACCGCGAGGCCGACAGGAAGUGGGCGGCCAGCGUGGACCGCUGUACCAAGCGUGUGCUUUUACGCAUCCAGCAGAAGUCUAGAACAUGCAGCUUCGGAGGUUUUGACCUGUCCAACCGCUCGCUCCACGUGGUCAACAACGCCGGCUCCGAUGGCAACAAUAAAGACCAGGAGGCCAUUUACAGGGAAGUGGUCAAGUCCCCCACCACGUCUCGCAUUUCACUGGGCAAGAAGGUCAAAUCGGUGAAAGAGACAAUGAGGAAACGCAUGUCCAAGAAGUACAGCAGUUCUCUGUCCGAGCAGUCCAGUCUGGAUGGUGCGCCCGGCUCGCCUCAGUCCCCUCAGCCUGACACGGACUCUCUGGAGAAGCCCAAGCUCAAAGCCGGAGGAUCCGUGGAGAGUCUGCGCAGCUCACUCAGCGGACAGAGCUCCAUGAGUGGUCAGACGGUCAGCACCACGGACUCCUCGGCCAGUAACAGAGAGAGUGUGAAGUCUGAGGACGGAGAUGACGAGGAGCCGGCGUACAGGGGCCCCUUCUGUGGACGGGCUCGAGUCCACACUGACUUCACCCCGAGCCCCUACGACUCCGACUCGCUCAAACUCAAGCGCGGUGACGUCAUCGACAUCAUCAGCAAGCCGCCCAUGGGCACGUGGAUGGGUCUCCUCAACAACAAAGUGGGCACCUUCAAGUUCAUCUACGUGGACGUCCUGAUCGAGGAGGAGGAGAAGCCCAAGCGGCCGGUGCGGAGGCGGAGGAAGGGUCGCGCUCCCAAACCCACCUCUGUGGAGGAGCUGCUGGACCGGAUCAACCUCAAGGAGCACAUGCCCACGUUCCUGUUUAACGGUUACGAAGACCUGGACACGUUCAAGCUGCUGGAGGAGGAGGACCUGGACGAGCUGAACAUCAGGGACCCUCAGCACAGAGCGGUGCUGCUGACGGCCGUGGAGCUGCUGCAGGAGUACGACAGCAGCAGCGACCCGGAGCGUGGCGGCGGGCUCUGCGGGUCCCAGGAGAAGCUGCUGUCGGAGGGCUGCGGCCUGGUGGGAGACUCCCCUCGAGACUCCGGCUGCUACGAGAGCAAUGAAAACCUGGAGAAUGGCAUUCUCUGUCACAAGUGCCAAAGUCCACUUGUAAGUGUGAGCCAGCCAGCCCCCAGACUCUUCCAGCCCAAACUGACUGGAGCAAACAUGGGUAGACCCUCCACUACUCACAGAACGGUCCUGGUGAGAGCUAGGUCACUGCCCAGCCCUGGACUCAAUUUCCCAGCAGCCCGAGUGCUCAGUGCCCAGGGAGGUUUUGUGGAGGAUGAACACGGCUUAAGAGAAUACUUCUGCUAA